AUGAUUGAUUAUGAUACAUUUCGAUUAGUUGCGAAAGCUGUUCAGAAUUCACCAGACGAUCUUUUUGAAAACUAUUCAUUAAUUAAAGGUUUAUUGCUAAAACGACACCCUAUUGCCAAAAAUCGACCGCUAUUAUUUAAUAUUCUUGAAUCUUUAGAAAACUUUAAGAGAAGGAAGACAAUUCUGAUUCCAAUGCCAUACCCAUUGAUUAAAUCAUGCGAUACAACAGCAGUUUAUCAGAAAUUUAAUAAAGAUUAUGAAUAUGAAUUAGAAAAAGUUGAUUUUUCACACCCACAAACAAUUAUAGAUCUAUUUAGAUCAAUUGGAUUUCGAGGUAUCAGAAUUCUUGCAGGAAUGCGUCAUACAACAGGAACAAACGAAAAUCUUUUCCCUCCAUGUACUGAAGAUCUUUAUGAAUCAUUUUAUAGACCAUAUAACCAUGAAGGACUAACUCAUGGUGGCAGAGCAUUUUCUAAACAUUGUGUGAGAGAUUCAUCUAAGUUUUGGGGUACUGUAAAGGGUACAACAAACGAAGUUAAUAAUCAUGCUCAUGGCUGCUUAGAAAAAGUUAUAAUGAAUUCAGUAUGGCAUAAUGUUAUGGUUCUUAGCGCAGAUUGCUAUACAUAUGAAGUUAGAAAUGAAAAUGGCUACGGUGCACGGUGGGAGUUUAAAAAAAGACCAACCAAUAUUCUUUAG